AUGAGCGCGUCCUGGGACUCGGACCUGUCCUCGAUCAUCGAGAAGACCAACAACAACCUCAAGCUGCUGCGCAAGAUCGGCGACAAGCCGCAGGUGCGCGCGCCCGACGUGUCCAUGACGGCGCCCACGCUCGCGCGCUCGGGCUCCGCGUCGGGCUCCGUGUCCUCGCACUCGUCGGCCCGCCCACGCGCGUACGUCGGCGCCCAGGACGACGCCGGCUCCGUGUCCUCGCGCUCCUCGGCCCGCCCGCGCGCCUUCAUCCGCGGCGACGACGACACCAGCUCCAUGGGAUCGCACGGCUCGGCCCGCCCCAAGGCCUACGUGCGCGGCGACGACGACACGGGCUCCAUGGGCUCGCACACGUCGGCGCGCCCGCGCGUGUACGUGGGAGACGACGGCACAGGCUCCGUGUCUUCGCACUCGUCAGCUCGGCCUAAGGCCUUCAUCCGCGCGGAUGAUGAUAGUGGUUCCGUUUCGUCACGCGCCUCAGCUCGGCCCAAAGCCUUCAUCCGCGCGGACGACGACUCGGGCUCCGUGUCGUCACGCGCGUCCGCCAGACCCAAGGCCUUCAUUCGCGCAGACGAUGACAGCGGCUCCGUGUCCUCGCGUGCCUCGGCCCGACCCAAGGCCUUCGUACGCGGCGACGACGACACCGGCUCCAUGUCCAGCAACCAGGGCCUGGGCCGUUCGCGCCUCGACUCGGGCCACGGCAGCGUGGCCAGCGCCUCCGGCCGUCCGCACGUGGGCAUCGCCGGUGGCGGCGGCUUGACGGCCGCUAUGCUGCAGCAGCACCGGGCGUCUGCGGGCGGCGCUGGCGCCAUGGCCAUGGCCGACCUGGGCGCCCCGCGGCCGCGUUACGACUUAGACGAGACGCGCUCCAUGAGUGGCGCUUCGUCACGCCUCAGCCGCCGCCUUGGAGCAGACGGGCGCGUGCCGCACGCGCGUCCUCUCGGCGCCAGCAUGGGCCCCCGCAUCCGCGUCCCGGACUCCGACAUCCCCAGCGACGUCCCAAAGCACGUCAUCGAAGAGGUCAAGAAGAGCCUGGAGACCCACUUCGCGUCCCGCAACGGCGCUGUGGACAAGAAAGUCGCCGACCUGCGCACGGACGUGGCCGGCCUGACCACGCAGACGUCGUCGCUGGCCUCGCAAAUCACGGAGCUGCGCGACGCCGUGUUGGUGUCGGCCAACAGCCACCCGUCGGCUAGCGCGCCCUCGGUCUCCGACCCCAAGAUCAUCGCUAGCGUGCAGGCCAAUGCCGCCGCCAUCGCUCGCCUCGAAGAGCACAGCGCAGACCUGCUUGGCCGCAAAGUGAGCGUGGACCGCGAGCUGGCGGAGCUCGGAUCCCGCGUCAAGGCGCUGUCGUCCUCGACCAUGAAGAUCUCGACGCUGGAGGACAACAUUGAGGCGCUGGUGGCCAACCGCCAGAAACAGGAGCAGGGUCUGUUCAAGCUCGCAGACAGGGUGCAGCUCAUGCACCGCCAGAUGGGCAGCUUGGUGGACAUGAAGGCGGUGGAGAACCUGUUGAGCAUCCGUCUCACGCGCGAGUUCCGCGAGAUGGAGGACCGCCUGGCCCAGAAUGUCAUGCGCAUGGCCGAGAAGAUGGAGCAGAAGGUCUCGAGCCUCGAGAAGCAGUCGUUCUCGCAGCGCCAGGAGAGUCUGGCGGCCCUUAAGAACGACCUGUCGGACGAUAUCCAGCGUCUGCAGAGCUCGGCGCUGCGCAAGAGCGACCUGCUCCCGCUGCAGAACGCGCAGACGCAGAGCAAGGAGGACCUGGUCCAGCUCUCCAGCGCGCUGGACCGCCAGGAGAAGAAGCUGCAGGAUGCCAAGCUGGCAAGCGCUACACUUCGUGACGAGCUGGCUGACGCGCGCACUGAGCUCAACAAGGCGCUGCAGAGCCAGCAGCGCAGCGCGGCUGCGGUGAUGGAGGAAAAGCUGGAGCAGAUUGCCAGCAGCAACAAGGAGAAGUCCAACAAGUUCGAUGAUCAGCUGUCGGAGCUCGCCAAGAAGCAGAAGAAGCUGGAGGAGGCGACCAAGAACCUGCAGGAGACGAUGAGCCAGGUGAAGGUGGAGGCCAGCCAGCGGCUGAGCCGUAGCUCGGCCGACAGGGAGGAGGAGAACGACAAGCUUCGCCAGCGCUUGGCCCGCUCGGUGGCGGAGCUGGAGGCGCUGGCUACCACCAAGGCUGAAGUGGAGCGCCGUUUCGCUAGCGAGGAGCAGCAGUUCCAGGCUAGACUGAAGGAGCUUCGCAGUUCGCUGACCGAGACGGAGAAGCAGAAGGAGGAUCAACGUCUGGAGCUGAUGCAGAAGCUGCAGGAGGAGAGCAAGCUGAUGGGUGUGGCGCAGGGCAAGAACUCGCUGUUGGAGAACCUGCUCGCGCGUGAAAAGGCGGAGAACGAGGAGAAGAACGAGUUGGUGCGCAAGUCGAAGAAGGAAGUUGCCGAGGUGCGUGAACAGAUCCGCAACCUGGAGAGCGAGAAGGAGAAGAAGGUCCGCCAGUUGACGUCGGAGCUGCAGGCGAAGCAGACGCAAGUCGGACUUCUGACCAAGACUCUGAAGCGUAUCGAGACGGCGUCCGCUAAGAUGCUGGAUCUGUCGAAGCGUGAGGCCAAGACUGUUCGUCGUGUGAAGGCUACGAAGGAGCACGAGCUGUUCAUCGCGCAGCUGAAGCUGAAGGAGAUGGAGCGUGUUGCUCGGGCACUCCAGAACGGUGACGAGAUGAAGAAGCAGGCUGCCCUCACCGCUGCCAGCACUGAAGAGCGCAACGAACUGGAGAAGUUGCUGCUUGAAAGCCAGCUUGAGAAGGACGAGCUGAAGCAGGAGCUGGAAGAGAUGACUGAGGAGUUCAACGCAGCUAAGGAGAGCCAGAAGGUGAUCAUGGAAGACACUAUCACCAAGCUGUCCAGCGACUACGACGAGAAGAUUGGCGAGCUAAAGCAGCAGAUUGCGGGCAAGGAGCAGGCCAUGCGUCAGCUGCGCGACACGCUGGUUGAGAAGAGCAACCUUGACGCGCUUGAGGACGAACUGGCUGCGCUGAAGGACGAGAAGAACGAUCUGCUGGAGCAGAUCCAGCGCGCGCAGAUCGAGCACGAGCGUGUCACUCUGAGCACGGAGACGAACCUCCGUCUGGAGCACGCAACGCAGUUUGCCGCGAUGAAGUCGAAGUUUGAGGAGCGUAUCUCAGAGCUGGAGGGUGCUCAGUCCGAACUCGAGACGACCAAGGCCACGAUCACUGAGCUGGAGAAGGAGCUCGAGAAGCAGGAGGCUCUGCACCAGCGUGAGGUAUCGACUCUGACGCACGAGGUCAAGGAGGCUCGCAGCAAGAUCGACGAGUGCACGGCCCAGAUUCUGGAGCUGGAGGAGACGAAGACGCGUCUGGAGGGAGAGGUGUCUCAGAUGGAGGCCAACAUUGGUGGCGCCUCUGCUGAGAAGGAGGAGGAGCUGGCUGUAAUUAAGGGUCAGAUGCAGGCCGAAGUCGACAGGCUUCGCGCUGAGCUCAGCGAGGUGUCGAGCACUCUGGAGGAGAAGCAUACGCAGCUGAAGGAGGCCAAGCAGUCGGACGAGACCAACCGGCAGAAGCUGGUUGAGAUGGCGAUGGCGCAGGAGGAGAUGCAGAGCCGCUACGUCUCUCAGAUCGACUCGCUUACGCUGAAGCUGAACCAGGAGCGUGAGAGCUCUCGUGCUCGCGAGCAGGACCUGGAGGACACCAUCGACAAGCUGAACGCGGAUGUCAAGUCGCUGAAGGCGGUGUCGAACAAGGAGCUGGAGGCUGCUCGUUCCGAGCUGACGGACCAGAUCACCGAGUUGACGACGGCGCUGAAGGCUUCCCAGCACCGCGAGCAGCAGCUCCAGUCGCGUCUCAAGCGUAUUCUGGAGGAGUUGGUUCAGGCCGCGAACGCGUCCGGCGAUAACGAAGUGAUCGAGGAGAGUGGCGAUAUGAGCGACGACGACGCUAUCACGCACCACCUUGACGCCCUGUACGCGACGCACCGUCGCACUGCGCACGAGCUGGAACGUCUCCAGGCUGAAUACGAGCUGACUGUGAAGCAGGCGGCAGCCGACAGCGCUACGGCGCAGGAGCUGGACAGCCAGGUCAAGGAGCACGAGACACAGAUCCGCGAGCUCGAGUCUGUCGUGGAGCAGCUCCGCGAGGAGCUGAAGGAACAGUACCACAAGUCCGCUAUCAUUGCCAAGGGAUCGGAUGAGUUCAGCGAGGAGAUGGUGACUCUGCGUGAGGAGAAGCGCCAGCUUGAGCGUCAGUUGCAGGAGGAGGAGAAGGACCGCGCUAAGCGCGAGGUGUCGUACCAGCGACGCACGGAGAUGAAGGAGCGCGAAGUGGAGGAGCUCCGUACCGAGAACAAGACGCUGACAGCCGCUGUGGCAGCCGUCCGUGAGAAGAUCCGCGCGGUUGAGAACGUCAAGUACCACGACCUGGGCGAGCUGCAGAGCAAACUCAAGGACCUCGAAGAGCGCACUGCCGCGCUCACGCCGGACGAGAACAACGUCGCUAACCUGGAGAAGGACUUCACUGCUACCCGCCAGGAGAUUGUGACGCUGACGGCCGAAGUGCAGUCGCUGUACCAGAAGCUGACGGCUUGCUGCGGCAUCAUGGAGUGGAGCGAGCUCCGCGCCAGCGUCUUUGACGAAGAGGAGAAGCUGACUCGCGUCCGUGCCGAGAGCGCUCGUGAGAUGGCCAAGGUCCAGUCGGUAGAGCAGGAAGUGCUGAUGAACGCCGAGUUCCUGAACGCGCUGCUUGUGGCCCACGGUUCGGGUAGCGAUAGCAACCUACUGAACGAUUUCCGGUGGAUGCAGAAGUACGCGUCGAUUGCCCCUGAGAUUGUGGAGAAGCUCCGGAACGUGGAGUCGCGGUUACGAGACGCUGUGUUGGACCUUCACGAUGGAUCGACUUCGGUCUUCCCGGAUGGAGUUUCCAAGGCUCGCGUUAGCGGCGUGAGUACGGAUGACGGAGUGGUCCCGGCUGCCCCAAGCUCGCAGAACUCGUCUGUGGACGGCGCGGCGAUUGCGCUUGCGCUGGAGAAGGCGAAGGAGAACUACUUUGACGAGUCGGAGCAGCAAUUAGAUGAGGAGGGUGUCAAGCACGACGUGGAUCAGCCUGACGUGGAGCAGGAGAGCCCUGUGGAUGUCGAGGCAGAAGGUGCGAGUUCUGACAAUGUGGAUGGGGAGGGGGAGGAUUCGAUUGGCGACUUAAGUCAUGACGAAUCCGGAACUGAUGCUGAGUUGGGGGUCGCUGAACAUGUUGUGCGUGCUGAGCAGGAAAUAAGCCGUGAGGAGCGAGCUGUAGCGAUGUCUAACCUUGAUGACGAUGAAGAUUCUAGCGAUGAUGUUGCGGAGGACAGUUUCAAGAGCAGGCAGGAUAGGAGUGACGAUGAUGAUGAAGGUGGUGAUGGCGUCGGUGGACUGGAGUCGAGUGUCGACCGCAAGAUUGAGGAGGCCAAGACUGCGUCCAGGUGGAGCUCGCUGGGCUUUCGUGGCGAUGGCGAGGACGACUACAUGGAUGAAGUGGAGAGGCUGAUGCUGGAGCAGAGUCUUGCGCACUCUAGUAAGCAGGUGAACCCACGUAUUGAUAAUGAAUUUGAUAGCAGUGAUGAAUUUGCACAUGAUAAUGAACUUGCUCGUGACAAGACGGAGCAGAAGCAGACAGCAGAAGGGGAAGAGGAUGAGCAGGAGCUGGAUCCUCUCGAGGAGAGCUCGUUCGAUAAUGCCAUGAUGGCUGCACUCGAAGGCAACGAACCAAACUCUUAUAACGUGGAGCAUCGCUCAAUGCGCGGCGAUGAAGUAGAAGAAGCUGACAAGUCGGGCUCCGAUGGCUUUGUAGCGCAGGACGCCAUGGCGGAGAGCUCGUUCGAUGACUCGAUGAUGUCGGAAAGGGAUGAGGAUGAAAGUAUGGACACUCGCAACAACCUUGACUCUGAUGUCGGUGCUGGGCAUGACAGCGCGGUUGGGAAGCCAACGCCAGUUGAGCACAACGCGCAGCUGGAAAACUCAUUUGAUGGUGGUGAUGAUCUGUCGGACAGCGAGAUUUCAGUUAAUGAGCACCACCAUGAGGAUGAGGUAGAAGACUCAGCAUCUAGCGUGGAAAAGAGUGUGGCCGGAGCUCGGUAUCACGAAGGCAGCGAUGUCGAAGUUUCAGCGUCAAGCGUGGAGAUUGGCGCAAUGGCGGAUCGAUAUGAACAAGGCGAAUCACUAGAGGAAUCAACACCAAGCGUGGCGAACGAUGUUGCAGACCAACUUCAUGCACCUGACGAGUUGGAAGAAUCGGUUGGUAGUGUGGGUUACGGCGACGAGCAUGACAUAUCGGAGGCAUCAUCAUCGAACACUGCGAGAAGCCAGUCGAUGAGUGAGCCCCAUGAAGACGAUGCUUCAGCAUCGAGACUGGAAAGCAAUGCCCAUGAAGCUACCAGAUAUACUCACGGUGGUCCGUUGUCAUCACAGCCUGAUGAAGAUGAUGGUGUCCACCGCCACGAUGAACGGGGCCGACUGGUUGUUUCCCACUCGGAUCCACUCGCUGUGAGUUCGUUUGAUGAGGAUAAUCUCUCGGAUCAGAACGAAGAGGAGAACAGUGCGGGUUCUGAACCAACCUCACAGCCAACGAAGCACUCGCCCCAUGAUGAAGACGAGGACGAGUGGUCUGAAGAGCAACUUCGUGCAGCUGAGCGUUCGCUAGACAGCGCCGUAAUGACGGGCGAUGACAACGACGAUAGUGACAGUGUUGUAGCAGCAGCAGCAGCGGUAGCACCACCACCAGCCCCAGCCAUGUCCCGUCGCAUAGAAGACGACGGAGACAGCUCAGAGGAAGAGGAGACGAUGCCUGUGCCAAGCCAACCGACCUUCUCAUCGAGCCUUAGUCGAUUCGGCAUGGGAGGUCGUGGUUUGAACCUUGAGGAAGACGAUGACAUGGAUGAAGUUGAGCGUCUACUCCUUGAACAAAAGUCGAACACAACCUUGGAGAGAGAUUUGGCCCGAGGCCGAGAUGAUGACGAGGAUGAACUAGAACAAGCAGGCGCACUAGAAGAAUCGUCCUCGAGCAUGAACGAUGACGCCGUAGCGAGCAAUCCCAUGAUGGAAGAAUCCGGUUCCAGCUUGGAACGCGUGAGUGCAGAUGUCGAUAAUGCGUUAGAAGACUCGGCUUCGAGUGUGGAAAAUGCAGCACUGGCUCAUCACCUCCAUGAAGCUGACGCUCUGGACGAGUCAAUCGGUGGCACAGAGCUCGAUGCAUCUCUAUCAAACCCAGCGAGUGGUGCUGUGAACUCGGAGUCAACUGUGCAGCCAACGAAACGCAUGGACAAUGGUGAAGACGAGGGUGAGUGGUCGGAAGAGCAGCUUCGUGCAGCCGAGCGUUCUCUGAGCAGCGCCAUAACGAAGGGCGAUGGCGACGACGAUAGCGAAAGCGGGGAAGUAGCAGCAGCAGCGCCAGCGAUGGCGCUUCGCAUGGAGGACGACGAAGGAAGUUCGGAGGAAGAGGAGACGAUGACUGUGCAGAGUCCACCGACAUUCUCAUCGGGCCUAAGUCGCUUUGGCAUGGGAACCCGCCGCCUGAAUCUCGAAGAAGACGAUGACAUGGAUGAAGUUGAGCGCCUACUUCUGGAACAAAGUCGAUCCACUAUGAAGACGCAGCGACUACCACAGUUAAGUCGACUCACAAGGCCAAUUGCUACUGACGAUGACGAGUUUGGAGAGACAUCGCUUCAGUCCCAGAGCUGCAAUGAUGACAAUGAGUUCGGUGAAACUUCGCUUCAAUCGCGUGGAGACGAC